UACUCCAACAGUUGACAUCCCGAAAUUUCCGCGCAAAUUCUAAACAGAUUUCAUUCAUUGUCCUGUUUAGUACCGGUCUAAUACCGAGUGAUUUAUUUUGCACUACCAAACAAGAUAUCCAAGAAACAGAACGUUAUUUGCAGAAAAUAGGAAUAAAACGAUAGUCAUAUUAAAGGAAAUUUCAGGAAUAAACAAGAAAACUAGAUAUUUCGCACCAUGGCUUAUAACAGCUUACUCACUAAAGGAUGCAUCGGGGAUAUAAUGCGAGGAAGUGAACUCGAUAAGCCGGUUGUGCAAAUUCUGGGUUCUAAGCGAAUUGCGGGCGGCGGAGAACAAUCGGAACGCUACCGGCUGUUGAUCUCCGAUGGGCAAAAUCUGUACAGUUUUGCUAUGUUGGCGACGCAGCUGAACGAGUUGCACCAGACUGGAAAACUGUCCGAGUUCACCGUCAUCCGUAUCGAUCGCUACAUUACAUCGGUCGUGAAUCGCAACGAACGUGGAGAAAAACGUGUAUUGAUUAUGCUGGAAUUGACCGUCAUCAAAACUGGAGAAUCUAUUGGAGAAAAAAUUGGAAAUCCACAACCAUUGUCUGAUAAUAUUUCUGCCGGCGGUGGAUCCAGUGGAUCCACUGCGUCAGCUGGGGCAAAAGCCGAAACGAACGGAAGCAUAAGCAAUGGAUCAGCUUACCAGAAUCGCACGAAUAGCGCCAAUACUUCGUCAUCUGCUGGGAAUAUGUCCUUGCAUGACCACCUGACGCAUCCUAUUAGUUCGCUUAGUCCAUAUCAGAACAAGUGGGUGAUUAAAGCGCGUGUGAUGUCCAAGUCCGCCAUUCGCAGCUGGAGUAAUGCCAAGGGCGAAGGAAAGCUGUUUUCGAUGGACCUGAUGGAUGAGUCAGGUGAAAUUCGUGUAACGGCAUUUAAGGAACAAUGCGACAAGUUCUAUGAUGUGAUCGAAGUGGAUAAAGUUUAUUAUAUCACAAAAUGUCAGCUGAAGCCAGCCAAUAAGCAAUAUUCGACGCUGAAAAAUGAUUAUGAGAUGACCAUGACUAAUGACACUGUAAUACAUGAAUGCAAAGACGUUUCGUCCAUGCCAGAGAUACAGUACAACUUUGUGCCUAUUUCUCAAAUUGCCAACAUGGAACCAAAUUGCAUGCUUGAUGUAAUUGGCGUUUGCAAAGAAGCUGGUGAGAUAAUGCAAUUCACGGCUAAAUCCUCGGGCAGGGAGCUCAAGAAGCGGGAGAUCACAAUGGUUGACUCGAGCAAUGCCGCGGUGCAGUUAACAUUGUGGGGUGAGGAUGCUCAAACUUUUCCCGCCUCCACCAAUCCGGUCAUUCUAGUGAAAGGGGCUCGUGUCACGGAGUUCGGAGGAGGAAAAUCGAUUGGGCUAGUAGGAGGUAGCGUUAUGAAGCUGAAUCCAGACAUCGAAGUGGCUCAUAAAAUGCGCGGCUGGUACGAUAAUGGCGGUUGCGAAAGUGUCGUUGCCAGUGUUUCAACACGCACUGGAGCAGGUACAAGUUAUGCAACCGAAUGGAUGACCUUCCACGAAUCUAAAGAAAGAAACCUUGGUGAUGGAGAUAAACCGGAUUACUUCCAAGUGAAAGCUCUUGUUCACAACAUCAAGUCUGGGAGUGCGGUUUAUAAAGCUUGCCCUCAGCAAGAUUGUAACAAGAAGGUGAUCGAUCAGGAUAAUGGCCAGUAUCGAUGUGAGAAAUGCAACGCUGAAUUUCCAACCUUUAAAUACAGGCUUCUCGUGAACAUGCUUAUUGGCGAUUGGACUUCAAACCGAUGGAUCACCGUUUUCACCGACCUAGCAGAACAGAUGCUUGGUAAAUCUUCACAAGAAAUAGGAGAGUCACUUGAAUACAACAAGGAGGAAGCAGAGAAAAUCUUUUCGACCAUCAGCUUCAAAAGCUUCAUUUUCAAGCUCCGCACUAAAGUCGAAACAUAUGGGGAUCAACGACGCAACAAAACUACGGCAGUAGCAGCGACUCCCGUCAGGCACCAGGAAUACAACGCGUAUCUUAUCAAGAAUAUCCAAACAUUAACUGGAAUCGGCAAGAAUUAAAUUCUGAUUUCUUUCUAUUUUUGUAUCAACAAAUCAUAAACUCUAUAUUUCUAUAUGUUAUGUUUAUUCCUAUUAUCAUCAUUACCAAACGAAAUAAAAGCAGCAGUAUCUGCAAACGUAAAACGUA